CACGGUUCCCUCAAUCUCAACCCCAUUGUCCUCUCCAUCCUCCUCCUCUACCCCUCUCCUCUCUUCAAACCCAAGAAACCAACAUGGUACCAGCAGAACCGUACAACUUGUUAGCCCACAGUAUGUUGUAUACACAGACACAGAGCUGGAGCAGUCAAAAAGCAUAUUUUUUGAGAAACAGCGGGCUGGACAAGAAGGAGACUAUACACUCUCCAAAGAUCUUCGUUGUCGCCUGAUAAGGAAUACGGUAACAAGCAUGAUUGCCAUCAAGAGAGCUGCAAGGGAUGAGUUCCAGUAUCCAUGCAGCCGUGAACUGACUGUAAUGGCUAAGCGUCUCAUAGAGUACUACCCAAUGCUGCGGGACAAAUCUGCAGCCGGUGGAGCUGAGUGGGAAUCUGUGAAAAAGCAGCUUUUGAAAAGGGUCCAGAAUGUGACAACCCCCAAAAAGAAGCAGGGAGCGACUCCUUCGAGAAAGAGGCGUCGGGCCCUUAGCUUUGAGAGAGCAGCAGCAGCAGCCAGGAGACACUUACUGAUGACUCUGGGUCCACUUUCCCCGGAGGCUGAACAGGUGGAUGGAUCUGAAACUACUGAUAGCCCACAGAACCAGGCAAGGCAUUACAAAAUUCUUCAGGAGCUGUACAAAUCCAAGCCCAGACCCAAUAAGAAGGAUGUUGCCCAGCUGUUGGACCUCGAAUACCAAGCAAGACGGGCAUACAUUGACUCUGAUGUUCUUAAGGAGCAGGACAGGCCUGCCAAGAUUCUUCAAGCAUAUCCCUGCUUCAGAGAACUGGAUCAUAUAAUGGAUGAACUCCGGAGGAUCCUCGAUCAGGAAAACUCUCACUACAUACCUGAACUAAAGAACCGUUGGGAAACCUUUUAUGAGAAGGCACAGUUUUAUGGAGUUUUUAAAAAAGUAAUGAGGCCUCCGUUGUCUGAUAAAGUAAAGCAAUCCGUUGCCGUGAUUAAGGCUUUGCCAGACCUGUUCCCAUCACCUGUGGCUCCACAAAAGAAGUUAGGACAUGCAAGUGCAGCUAUGCUUCACAUCCUUAAGUCAGCAGAAGACCCCAACACCUUUCUUCAGGCGAGACCACUCUCCAGCCCUGUUGUGAUUGUCUGUGAAACCAACUGCAUACUGGCCAUUGGAACCAUGCCUGUGUUGAUCUUCCCAAAGGAGGACCUCUCUGUCAGUGUGAUGUACAUCCUUGCAUGUUACUACACCUUUCAUCUUACAUAUCCCAAGUGUAUUGCCACACUCCUCUCUGUGCUGCAGACAGAAGUCCUCAUGGACUCCAUCCAUGACCAAGACAUGACUUCGUCAUAUAAAAAAGCUAUGGCUGAGUGGAAGAAGUUCAUUACUGAAUGA